CUCUGGCAUGUGCCAGCUCGCUGCUGUCUCCAAGUUCAAGCUGUCCCUUUGAAACCCUUUUUCUAGGGACCCCAAGGGGGUGACCCCACACACAGGAGGGCUGUGGCCCCUUUCCGCAAGAGGUUGGAGUGGGGCAUCCCGCUCCCUAGUGUCAUCUGUGGGGUGUCCCAGGCAGCGGUGAAAGUCUCCCUGCGGCCACAGUGUCUGUGUGUCACCAUGCCAGUAACCGGGAGACGGCGUCACCAUCCCAAUCCCCGCUUCCAUGGGGACAUUCCAGAGCCACCCCUGCUUCCAGGCAGGCAGGGAACCGCUCUAGGACAGCCCAACCAUGGCGUUUGUCCGUCCCCGUGCCAGCCUGCGGUCCUGGGCGUGGGACUCGCCGGGCACCGCCUUGCCCUCGGCGAAGGCACGCACUGGUGGAAGCGCAGACCUGAUGAACUUCUACGCCACGACCUACGCGGUGGCUUAUGGCCAGCCGCCUUUCCAUCCCCGCCUUGGCCCCCACACCGACACCGGCUAUGUGUCCAACAACCGCUCGGCUGUCUCCCGCCUGCUCUGCCAGCGCAGCGCAGCAGAGCGCCAAGACCCUGCCACGUCUACCAUGGCUGAGCACUUCAAGCCCUUCUGGCUCCCUGACGGCCGGAGCCUCCUGCCCCGGCACAUCCACCAACCGGGGAGCGGGUACAUUCAAGGGUCCCCCCUUUCCUGCCUCCGCGCCGGGGCGGUGAGUCCCCAACACACACAGCUCCUCCAGAGGCCCCCAAAAACAUCCAGGGACUAUGGUACUGAGAGCUGCUGCACUGGAUCUGCCCAGCCAGGUACGGUUUUGGGGGUGUCGGUGGUCCUGGGACCAGCUCCAGCCCCAAGAGGUUUUGGGAUGUUAGUGAUCCUGGAUCCAGCUCCAUUGCCAGCAGAUCUCCUGCAGAAGACAACCAUCGGCACCAAGGAGCAGUCGGGCUUCACCAGGGCCACCCCGAGGAGCGACCGUGUCCUGCCAGCCCUGCCGGCCCAACCCGUGAGCCCCGUCCCCACCGUGUCCCUUGUCCCCUGCCAGCCCCUCCCACCCCUUCUGCACCCCCAGGGAGCCUUUUUCUCCCUCCCACAGCUCAGCGUCAGCAUCACCACGACGGAUUACCUGCCUUCCGUGCACAGCCAUGGUGGUGAGAAGCUCCCGGUGCUGUCAGUGGGCUCCGAGCGAGGCAGCGGGUUCAGCCAGGAGGUUUCGACCUGCCUGGGCACUGCGGGCUUGCCCACCGUGGGCCACCCCGUUGUACUCAUCUCCCGAGGGCUUCAGGCACCCCGAAUGACCCAGGCCAGUCUGCUGGGACAACAGGUUGCUGGGAGGAAGGAGCCAUCGGGGUUCACCAAAAACAACGGCCAGUAUGUGACACUGUCCCCUGCAGCUCCAGCUCAGUGUUGGCGGGAUCCAACCCGGAUGGCCAAACCCAUCGGGGGCAUCCAUCCCCAGAGCCCCAGCAGCUUCAGCACCAACAACCACCCCACCGGGCUGGGGGACAUCGCUGGCCACCUCCUGGCGUAGCCCCCCCCACCCCGGGGUGGCCCAACACGAUGCUGCUGCACCCCA